UUUGGACUGGUAUUCAGGUUGAGAUUGGGAUUGGGAUUGGGAUUGAUAUUGGGACUGGGACUGAGACUAAGAGAGGGGUUGGGAUUGAGAGUGGGAUUUGGAUUGAUGUGGGGAUGGGGAUCAGCAGUGGGAUUUGGGUUGAUAAUAUAACAAACACAAUGAAACUGAGAGGCGGUGCUGCUGGAGGUGCUGCUCCUUCCUGCACCGCUCUUUGGCAGCUCCAAACUGCAGAGCAGCUUGGAGCUCAGUGCCGCAGUUCCCAAAGCUUUGCACUGCUCAGAGCCCACAGCAGCCCCUGCCCCACUGCAGGUCACCCCACGGGCCGGGCGGAGGCGAGGGACCCAGCACUGUCUGCUCAGGGGGGUCCCAGUUUGCUCAACCAGAGCCACACACAAAGCCUGGCAGGAGGUGCUGAGUGCUUCGUGACCCCUUUAAUCCACAGGAUCGCUUCUCCCAUUGCAGGGAGCAGCUGAAAGGUGAUGCUGCUGUGUGUCUGCGGUGUCUUUGAUGGCCCCGAUGUCACCACGGCCCUGCAGUAUUGAUGAGGCCCAGAGGGGUGAAGUCCAGCCCCAGUGCCUCCGUGUCCCUGCAGUAUUCAUGAAGCCCGAUGAGGUGACAGCAGGCCACAACAUCACCGUAUGCCUGCAUUAUUCAUGAGGCCGAUUGACUGAGGAGAGCCACAGACAGCAGGACACAGGGCCAGGCAGUCCGUCUGUCUGUCCGUCUGGAGAGAGCAUGGCUUUCCCACAUGCUCCUGUCCCCUCCUAACCCGAGCCACGUCUGCUGGACUCAAAGAUCCUUGCUGGUCCCUUCCAUCUCGAGGAUGCGGCUGGGGCUGCACGCCUGAGUGCCUCCCGCAUGGCCAUCGACGUGGAUCAGGGCUUCGCCAUCGCCUUCGUGGUGCUCACGUGCCUCUUCCUGCUGGCCGUGAUGGUUCGCUGCGCCAAGCUCAUCAUCGACCCCUACAGCGCCAUCCCCACCUCCACCUGGGAGGAGGAGCAGAUCAACUGAGCCCCCCCCGGACCCCCAGCACGGCGACUCGCGGCUCUCCUUCCCCACUAGGUGCACCCAGAGCUUCAUCCCGGCCCCCAAGGCUCUCAUGGAAACAUA